UUCGUCUUUGUGUGUAAUAAAAUUCAAACAAUUAAUUAAAAAAAAAUCUAUUUAAUUUAUGCAAGUAUGUGACAUAUUCAAAAUGGAAAAAAAAUAAAAUUCAUAUUUCACUAAACCAUAAAAAUAUAAUCAAAAAAUUUCAAAUAUCAAUAAAUUUGAGCCUUCAAUAAUAGUUACUUAAAAUACCUCUAGAAAAAAAAAAUUAAUAAUGUUUUUAUCUAAUUAAUUUGUACUUCAUAACUUAAUGAAUUUUUUCUUCUAAAAAUUAUUUAAAAUUUUGUUAAAAAUUUUGUGAUUGAGAAAAAUUUGAGAUUUCGAAUUUGAAAAUAAUUAACAUAGCGAAGAAAUAAAAAUGGUUGUAAAUUUUAAUUCCUGUAUUCUUCGUCCAGACAAGGAAGUAAAAUAAUUUUUUUUUUUUUUGGAAUUUUUUCUCUUAAUUGAAGUAGGGUGAGGUCGAGGUCGUUAUGUCUAAUAUAUUAUAAAUGUAAAAUAAUAAACUUAUUUAGUAAGUAUUUAGAGAGAAAAAACAAAAAAAAAAAAAAAUAAAGUGCAUUAAAAAUCCAGCCAGCCCCCGUCCAAGACAAGACAACAAAAUUUGUACCUUCAAGAAAGAAUAAAAACAAAAAAAAAACUACAUAUAUAUUUUUAAUAAAUAGAUUUUUUGAAAAAUAAGAAAAGAAAUUGAAGAAAAUGAUGUGAUUGACCUAAAGAAUAAUAAUUGUGAAUCUAAAAUAACUUAGUAUACUUAAUUUUUUUGUCAUGUUUUAUUUUUUUUUUAUAAACAAAAUUGAGUAAACUUUUAUUACAAUUCAAGUAUGAGAAAAAUUUCGCCCACAUUAAUAUUUAUAACAUUAUAAAAUAAAAUUGCGACAUAGAUUUUAAAAUUUUUUUUAAACGUGAGAAGAAAAAGUGCGAGUUUCUCUAAAAUAAAAUUAAUUACUUACUUAUAAAAGAAAAAAAAAAUAUUUUUGAGAAAUUUUCAUUUUUGAGAAAAUUGUGAAAAAUUUCUUAAUAAAAAUAAGUUUAUUUAUUUACUAACAAUAAAUUAUAAGAGAGAAAAAUUAUAAAAAUUUUAUGGAUAACUAUAAAAUUAUGGAUUUAAAUACCUCAACUUCAACUUCAACAUCAACAACAAUAAUAAAACAGCAACCAAAAAAAUCAACAACAACAACAACAGCAGCAAUAACAGAUAAACAGAAUACCAUUACAAGUGAUAAUAGAAUAACCAGUAAUAAUAUAUUAACAACUAUUACCCAUAUGGAAGAGAAUACCGUUGGUGGUGAUCAAAAUAAUGUUAAACCAACACAAAAUAGAAAUUCACAAAAUAUACAACAACAACAACAAAAACAGCAAAUGAAUAAUGAAAAUACGAUUAAUAAUACUAUAGAGAAUAGUAAAAUGAAUGGAAAAAUAUCACGAAACCAGAAUGAAAUAUCACCUGGUGGAACCCUUCCAAAUGCUAGUAAUAAUAUUGGCAUAACGAAUAACAGCGCGAAAACCGAUAAUAAAAAUAAUGAGCAUUCGAAUAAUGUUAAUAAAAGAAAAAAAUCAAAAUCUCGUUCAUCAAGUACAAAUAAAGAAAAGCAGCAACAACAACAACAACAACAAUUAAAUACAGAUUUACAGAAAAAUCAUUUAGAUGCAUGGCUUGAAACAUGUUUAAAAGAUUCAAAUACUCCACAAUUAUCUUCAUCAUCAGAAUUUUUGGAUUAUAAUACAUCAAGUUUUUCUGGUAAUAAUACAGCAACAUCAAAUCGUAAUAAGGAUACAAAAUCUUAUCAACAACAACAACAACAACAACAACAGCAACCACAAUUUUUUAUUAAGCCAUCAAUAUAUAAUUCGCCAUACAGCCAAGGUUUUCAAAAGACUGUCACUGAUUAUCGUAAUAUUGCUCCAAAUUCACAUUAUUUUAAUAGUUUACUAAAAAAUUCACAUGCCAUGAUAAAUAAUGAAGCUUCAUGUGAUUUUGCUAGUUUACCGCCAAUUGUAAAUUUAUCAACAACAGGCGAAAAUAUCGUGAUUGAUGGUAAUUUCGAUGCAAGUGAUCCAAAUAGAAGAUUUAGUGAUCCGUGCUUAAUAAAUCCAUCAGAUCAUGAAGGAUCUAAAUUAAGUGGCCAAAAUACGCCAAGUUUAAAUCCAGAACAAGAUAAUUUAUCAAAUCAAAAUAAUAAUAACAAUAGUAAUAAUAUGAGUAAUCAAAAAUUAUUUUUAACAUUAAUGGAACAAAUAAAUUUAUUACACGAAACAAAUUCAAAAAUUUGUCGCAAUCUUCAUGAUACAAAAAUCGAUAUUGAAGCUUUAAAAAAUACACCUAGUUGGGGUGGUAUGAGACACCGUAGAGAUAGCUUGAGCGGGCUUAGCACACAUAGUCAACCUAUGCAUAUGGGUGGCUUUGCUUUUGGUACACAUAGUCCUGCUCCAACAUAUCACUCAGGUGUAUACACACCAGGCAUGAUGACGGACGUUGUGCGUGAAGUAAAGGAGGCAGCAAGAGUGCGAGAGGAUGCUCUUCUAAGCAGGGUAAAAUCAAUGGUCGAAGAAAGAUCGUGGUCACUUGGUGAAAGUAAUUUAAGAAUGAUGCGAGAUAUUGAAGAAUUAAAAGCUCAAAUACAGCAUUUAAAAGGUGAUAGAAAGGAAGCGAAUAAACGCAUAACUCAACUUGAAGCAGAAAAUAAAUAUAUGAAACAAGUUCUAGGUUCUUUAUUAAAUAGUAGAACAAAUGAAAUAAUUCAAGAAAAUGAAUUAUCAAGAUCAACACCUUUACAAAGGCGUUCAACUUCAGCUAUUUUAACAGAAAAUGUUCGUCCAAAACGUAAUAGUUUUAAUUUGCAUUAUAAUGUAUUGAAUCAUCAUGAUGAAACAUUGAGCUCAAUAUCUUCACCAAAUGAAUGUAAAUCGCCAUCUUUUCAACGCACAUCAAAUAAUCCUAGAAAUGCAAAUGUUCCACAAUUCAAUGGGCAGCUAAGAAUUACAGAAAAUUUUUAUCCCAAUGCACAAGAUAAUGAAAUUUUAAAUUCAGAUAACGAUCAGCAAGUAUUACAAAUGGAAAAAGAUACAUUAGAAUUGAGACGUGAACUUCAAGAAGCGUUAGCAAGCAAGAAGGAUGCUGAGAAUCGCAUUAUAGCGUUGGAAAAAGUUGUUAAAAAAUUUCAUUUAAAUGAUGAAAAACAUAAUAGCAGUGUUGAUAGUGAUAAAAAAAAUUUUAAUGGUGUACAACAAAGACAUUUUAUGAACGGAACGUCAUCUCGUCAUAAUUCAUCAAAUGGUGGAAUUCACAAUACUGCUAAUGUUGGCGAUUAUUCAUCUACACAAAAUCAAAAUACUAUAACUCAUAUAACUUCACAAAUGCAAGGAAAUUCAUCGAAAUUAAGUCUAGCCGGCCCUAUUACAGAUUUAUAGUUUUAAAUAUGAACAAAUUUUAUAGUCUAAUUAAUCUUCCUCAAAAUAUGCUAUAAAAAGAAACCUUUAAUAAAAUAGCAUAACAUUUUUAUUAAGUACUUAAAUGAAAUAUUUAAGAACUUUUAUUUUAAAAGUAUUCCUUUACUUUAAUAAAAAUUACAAUAAUACUCUUAAUUUAUUUAAUUUUGAUUUUUAUACUUCAAAAAAUUUUGACUUUUUUCGUUUAUUUUGAAAGCAUUGUAAAUCUCAAGAAAUCUAUGUCAUCCGCAAAAUAAUGAAUGAAAAAUUGGAAAACAUAUCUUUGUUAUAAUGAGUUUUAAAUAACUUUAAGUUUUUAUAUUAAAAAUCUGUAUUUCCUUAAACAUUUUAGAUUUGACCUUAA